AUGCCUGGCCCUGCCAGGCACGCCUUCGAUAAAAACGCCCCUCAGCCGGCCACAGCUGAGGGUUCUUCGCAGCACGUCACAGCUGCUUGCAUGGCCAACGCUCAGAAUGGUUUACCAGUAGCACCGGAGUUCGUCCACGGGGUUACCCCAGCCCGAGGCCGCUACAUCGCGUGGGACCUGCCACCGAUGUCCAAUCUCGAAGAGAUCUUUACUGAUCUUGCCCAAAAUGCCAUGAGGCUGGGACUCGAGCGCGUCUUACAGCGACUGGACGGUCGACCACUCCGCGUUGCGACAGUAUGCUCGGGGACAGAGAGUCCUUUACUCGCCCUUGAAAUGAUCCAGAAGGGCCUAGGUACCAAUGGUGAGCGGUUUCAGUUUGAGCAUCUUUUUAGUUGCGAGAUCGUUCCGUUCAAACAAGCCUACAUUGAACGGAACUUUGGGCCGCCUCUCCUUUUCCGGGACCUUCGGGACCUGGGUGGCGAGAAAGCCCAAACGGCCUAUGGAUCAUUGGCAUUAAUCCCCGGUGAUCCUGACAUUCUCAUCGCCGGGACCGCGUGCGUCGACUUCUCGUUGCUAAACAACAACAAGGAGGCACAGAAAGAAAAAGGCGAAUCAGCCGCCACUUUCAACGCCUUGUUGGAGUACUGCGACAAAUACCGACCCCGACUGGUCAUUUGUGAGAACAUAAAAGGGGCCCCCUGGGAAAGCUUCGUUGCCGCAUGGUCGGGUGUUGGCUAUACAGCGGCGUACACCAUUGUCGACUCCAAGAAGUUCUACAUUCCACAAACUCGUGAGCGUGGUUACCUGAUUGCAGUUGAUGACCGUCGUCUGGAGAUACCGGACUCGGAUCACUCCACUAUCACCUCCCUUGCAAUAAGUUUGGUGUCCAAAUUUACUCGCCCGUGCAGCUCUCCCACAAGUUCAUUCUUGUUGGGUGCAGACGAUCGGAGGUUGGAGCAGAUUGAAAAGGAUCUCUCUACUCGCUUGGACGCCACCUCGGCCCGUGCCGAGGUUCCCUGGGAGAAAUACAAGAUUCGGCACCAAGAGUGUCGUGAUUCGAUAUCUGCGGGUGAUCAGCGACCAAUAAGUCGCUCGAAGGCUGGAGGAGUUACCUGUACCGGGCCAGAUUUUUACUGGCACCGGUGGCUCAAAGUUCAGGUGGAGAGAAUCUGGGAAACGCUCGACAUCAAGUUCUUGGUCGGCUUGACAAAUGGACAUGAUUACAACUACAAAGAGCGUUUCAUCGAUGUCUCGCAAGGCGCUGACCGCGGCUCAGAUGGUACCACUCGGUUUGGUGUGACUGGCUGCCUGACUCCAUGUGGCUUGCCCUUCCUCACAACUCGUGGUGGUCCUCUGACAGGUCUUGAAGCUCUGUCCCUCCAAGGUCUACCCAUAGACCGUUUGAUUCUGUCCCAUGAAUCAUCCCGGGAGCUCCAGGACCUUGCAGGCAAUGCCAUGACCACAACUACCGUUGGGGUAGUCAUGCUCUCCGCCCUGAUUGCGGCUUCGAGCGUGUUGAGUGAGGGCGCAGGGAGUCCUCUGCAAGUAGAUGCUGGUCCGAAAAGUACACCAUCACCUCCCCUAUUCACAAUUGAGGCAGGUCACAGCCUCGUUGGUAUUAAUAUGGAAGACUAUAACCCUUCGGACGCUGAUGCCAGAGACUUUUUGUCCACCAUCGUGGCGCGAUCGUUGUUAGCCGCCCGUCUCUGCUCUUGCGAGAAACAGACCCGGCUUGUUAAUGAUCUCCUUCAGUGCCAUCUCUGUGGGCACACGGCUUGCAGUUCAUGUGCUGGGAAUCCUCUUCACGCCUAUGAGUCAAAGGUCAUUGACGAAGAACGGAUCCAGCCACUGGAGUUUGACCGGAUGUUGAGAAAGACUCUGCCCAUGCAGCUCAAAUUUGCUGAGCUUGGGUAUGAGGACUUCCAGCCAGUCCGACCCCAAUCUCUACGCCAGGCGGCUUACGACGACACCUGGGAGCAGUACAUUUCCUCUGUUCAGAGCGCCCUUCGCGAGGAGGUGCGUUUCAUUGACAUCACACGAACAGAGGUGUGGACUGUCUUCUAUGAAGGUGAGUCCGCGAGCAUGCGCCUUGAAAUUGGUGGUCACGGUCUCCAGUGGCUGCUGUUCGCCAAAGCUCCUAGAAGUUCUCCGGCACAGUGCGUGCUGAGAGAGAUACUCGCAAAGCCUAUCGCAAGAAUGCGCCCCGCAAAAUCUGUGCGGUUAUUUGGUGGUAUUUGGGAGGUGCUGGACCCCAUCAGCACUGAGUUCGCCCUCCGAGUACGUGGUUCGGGUCGCCAGAUUCCGACAUACCUGGUUAACUGCGGCCUGCUCGGAUCUGAAUACCUCAAAUCCCAGGUGUGGACGCAUCUUGAGAUCGAUUGCGACCAAGCGGAUGUCAAUCAUCUUGAUCGGGAUUUGCGCGGCAAAUAUCAACUCCUUGCUGAUUGCGGAACCGCCGAAGGAUGCUUGUACAAGAAAGAUUGCUCGAAUCGUCAGCCCUCCGUCUACUUGUUCCUUGAUCCUCGCAAGGCUGGUCCAAUCACGCAAGAUGCGUUUGUGUUCUCUGUCGAGCACCGAAGGAACCCUGGUUAUGAGGUGCGAAGAACCAUUGCUGAGCUUCCGCCUACCUGGCGGCCAGUGUCUGUCAAAAUGACACAAGACAAGCUCUUUGCUUACGCACGGCGGCUCCACAGGGUUCCCAGCACGGUCUUGGGCCCCUAUGAAGGGCAACCAAUUACAUACCAUCACUUAGACCUCAAGACUGACCUCGUCCUUCGUGCUGGAGACUGUCACGAUGCCGUGUCCUUGGGCCUGACUGGGCACAGGGGGUCGUGGUCGUCUACCAACCCUGAAAAGGCCCCGAAGGCAUUCCAAGGAAUCUGUUGGGCGCUUCAACGGGUCGGAGAUGCGCUGGCUUCCCACCAAGUAUGGGGAAUCCUUGAGUUUGCAGGUCUCAGCACUAGUUGCGGGACUUGCAAACCAACUCAGCCUUCUCUUAUUUGGGGUCGUGACCAGAAAGAGAGAGUUGUCCUCUAUGAAAAUCCUCAGGAGGCGGCCAUUUACGAGCGUGCCGUAAAGCAAAGGCCACCACCUUUCCUGAUCUUCGAGAAUGUCGAUACCUUCGGCAGGGGAGAGCUGAGACUUGCAGUCAACCUGCAGUCGAUGGCGCAUUUCGCAUUGGGGAAUCUCAUCGACAUCAGCGAUCUCAACGGGCCUCAGUUUACGUGGCGGCUGGUCCCGAAUGCGCGUGAUAUGGGCCGCGAAAGUCAUCCUCCGUUCGCCCUCCGGGACAACGUGGGUGAUGCCCUUCACGCGCAACCACCGAAUUUCACUCAAACGCUGCGCAUCGAACAGCUGCGAUCACUAACGUGGAUGAUCGCGCAAGAAGCUGACGAUGCUAGACCAUUCAUUGAAGAGGAGGUUGAGGAAGCAUUCUUACCAAUGAUGGCCUGGCGAGCGGAAGUGAAAGUCUCACUCCCGAGACUCGUUCAUGGAGGAUUGGUCGCCGACGAAGUCGGAUUUGGAAAAACCGCGGUUGUGCUUGGCUUGAUAGAUACCCAAUACGAGCGGGACAAAGUGAGAACCAGGGAUCUGAAAACUAGUCCAUUGCAAAAUGGACUACUGAUCACUAAUGCAACUCUGAUUGUUGUGCCCAGCAACGUUGGCAUACAAUGGAAAACAGAGAUCGUCAAGUUCCUCGGUACCAAGUACCGAGUCAUUACCAUUCUUAGUGUCGCCAAGCUCCGGGCGCUGUCUUUUGAAAACAUCCGGCAAGCGGACAUUGUUCUCGUCAGUUGGCGUGUUCUGGAAAGUCCAGUUUAUUACAGCCAACUUGCGCUGUUCACAGGGGCCGCUUCGGUGCCAAAUCAGGGGAAGAAUGGACGCGCCUUUGACCUCUGGCUUUCGGAUGCGCAGGACUCUUUGAAAGACUUGAAUGGUCUUCUUGCAACCGCUGGUCCCAAUGCUUUUCUUAAGGAGGUAUUGGAUCGCCACAACGCGGUGAAGAAUGAUCAGGAUGGUUCUAACUAUAAGCCGUCCCGUCGACUCCGUGGCCUCCGAUUCCAAGCGGACGCCAAUCAGAGAUUGCAAGAGGUAGCGCGACGGGAAAGAUGCUUUGCCGGGGACACUGAAGAGUCGAAACCCCAAGGGAUGUCAUGCGUUGAAGGAGCGGGCGAGGUGCCCACCGAGAAGCAAAUCCGGGCAGCGUUCGACAUCCCUUUAGGUGACGAGCCCAAUUUCUCGGUGAAAUACCCAUUCCUCCACGCUUUCCAAUUCAACAGACUUGUCAUCGAUGAGUACACUUAUGCGAAUGAGGACAAGCAAGCCGCGUUUCUACGGUUUUCUGCCCGAUCCAGGUGGAUACUCUCCGGCACACCUGCUCUUAGGGAUUUCGCGGACGUUAAGAGCAUUGCACGGCACCUGGGCGUUCACCUAGGAAUUGAUGAUGACGCCGACGUUCCCUCUCACAACGCGAGACUGAAGACAAAGAAAAGCCAACUGACGCGUGUCGAGAAAUUUUUGACGUACCAAGCCCCCCACAGUAACGACUGGUACCAGAAUCGCAAUCGACACGCUCAGCGCUUCCUCGACCAAUUUGCCCGCCAGAACUUCGCCGUCAUCGAUCAUAUUCCAUUCGAGCUCCACAUCACUUUGUCCGAGCAAUUCGAUAAGGAGCGGGCCAAUUAUGAGAGUCUGUUUGACAGACUCGAUGGGGAGAUGGAUCGAGCCCAAAAGAUCAGCAACCCCGACAAUGAUCCUGCGAUCGACCGCUUAAAUGACUUUGUGACUUCGAGCCAAUCUCCAUUUGAAGCUUUAUUGAAAGCUUCCGUCACCAGCAGACUGCAUGAUCACGCAUACACCAUCUCGAAAUGCAACUCCCAAAUCACGGCCCUAGGUGGAAAGAAAACGACUCAGAACUUCAAGCUGAGGAGUUUGAUCCAGCAAUUCCAUUACCUCAGAUCUCUUCAAGACCCUAUUCUAUCUAGCUGGGAUCAGUUCAUGUCGAGGAGCUCCAUCAGGGACUGCGGUGACCAAGAGAGUCAAACGCAUAACGAGAAUCUCAUCAACAAAUUUCACACGGCUCACGACCAGUGGAUGAGAGAUCAAAGAAGCACCCCACCGCUAGCGAAGUCGCAAUCUCAAAAAGACCUUGAAGCAAGCUGCGAAGAACGAGUUACCAAAGCAACCAGGAAGGCAGAAACCGCAAUGAAAUAUCGAAAGAAAUCUACUGCUGCGCCUAAACCCGAUGAAGCUGAUGACACGGACCCGAUUUCUUCAGAACAUGAAAGCUCUGCUGACGAAAGCCGAUCUAUUUUCCGAAAGCGAGCCAAAACUCGGAAACAACCAAAAGCUCGAAAGCAACCCCGGGUAUCAGGCGAAAGGACUUUGGCACAAAUCGCCGCUGAUACAAUGCUAGAAGCAAAGACUGGUGAAUUUUUAGUCAAAUCACUAGGAACCGACCUCAAUGCCGCAAUCAAAGACUGCGUUAAGACUUCAAGGGAUAUCCGAUUUCACACCGCAAUGAAAGCCAUACAAUCCGAUGGCGUCCCUCCAUGUUCAAGUUGCGAGUUCAUACCUCCAUGCAUCAACGAGUUAACUAUUCUCCGAUCCUGCGGCCACCUUCUCUGCAAAAAUUGUCUACCAAACACCCUCGCGCCAGGGAUAUGCGUUGUUCAAGGCUGCAAUGCCUCUGCCCUGCCAUCCAAAUGCAUAGACGGCGCCGACCUAAAAAGUUCAACCAUUAUCACGGAAAGCAGCAAAUUCACCCGCUUUAUCAAUCUCAUCCACUCCAUCCCAGACAACGAACAAGUCCUUGUCUUUACUCAAUAUGAUGAGAUAAUCGGUCUUCUCUCCCGAGCACUCGAGAUCGAGAAAGUCGAUUUCCGAACUAUCCGUUCCCAGAAAGUCAGCGGAGUUGAAGACUUCGUCAACAUAUCGGGAAAGUUAAAGAAGCCCCCUAAGGCUUUAAUUCUUCCUCUUGGCGGUGCAAUGGCUGCUGGACUUUUACUCUGCAGAAACCUCCAAUGUGCAAACCAUAUCAUUUUCGUGACACCACUGUACACAUCCACCAAACAUGACUACGAAUCCGGCAUGGAGCAAGCAAUUGGGCGAGCUCGCCGUUACGGACAGGAAAAGACUGUACAUGUCUACCACAUGCUUGUGAAAAACACACUUGAAGUCAACGUUGUACAAGAACGACUCGGACAGAUUCUCGUCUGUUCAGGCGAUCAUGGAAAGUUUGUGGACAGUUUGAACGAUGAGGAGAUGGCCGGCUUUGAGCCGUGUGAAGGGGAAGAGCUCGGGGCUGAUAAACGAUAA